CAAAGAGCAACAAACAAAGAUUCAAUACACAUUUUACACUUUGUUUUGCGCAACGGAUCUAAACAACAGAAAACUUGGACUUUUGCGUCUUUUCUUCAUUAUGACAUUGCCUGAAGCGACAAAUAUGACUGGAGAUUGCAAAGCGAAAUCCAUGAAUAUUGGGGAAGCUAUCAAAGAAACUUUAAUUAGGGCCAAGAGUGAGGACAGAAUUACAUCUGGAAUUUAUUCAUCAGUCAAGAUUCUACAAAUAAGUCCUGAGAUGGUGAUGUUAUGUCUGAUCAUGGAUGCACAUCCUUCCGAGGACGUAUCAAUUCACAUACAACAUACAUUGAUAGAAGCAUACUGUCUCGAACAGGACAUUCAUUUCUUAAAGGUGUCUAAUUUAGACAAAAUUGGAGAGGUGUUGGAACUCCCUGCUGGCGAAUUCAGGAAUUCUAAAGUAGAUUACAGCUGUGUUCUUGUCCAGCACCCAAAAUUCCAGAACAACUUAGAUGACAUGAUUGGAGAAUUCUGUGACAAAUCUCUAUUAGCAGACGACAUGUUCGCUCGACCUGUUAUAGAUCUACCAGUAUGAGAUCCCAUGAUUCAUAAUGUUCUUUUCAUCAGCCUGAUUCCAGGUAAAGAUAAACAGUGUAUACCUGCUGUGAAAUGAUUGUCAAAUCACGAUAGUCAAAUCAUGAUUGUCAAAUCAGUUCAACAUCAAUUCCGUCCUGAUCAGCCGAGUAUCGACACUUUUUGAGAAUUAGUUGUGGCGCCACGUUAAUUAUCGCCACGAUAAACCAAUCACAAGGCAGCUUACUGACAGUAAAUAACCAUCUCCACGAUAAACCAAUCACAAGGCAGCUUACUGGAAGUAUAUAACAAUCGCCACGAUAAACUAAUUACAAGACAGCUUUAUUACUGACAGUAAAGACUUUAAUGUUGAAAGAGAAAGAGUUCAGAUUGAUAAAAAUA